AUAGGUAGAAUGAAAGGCAACACCAGGAACGAAAUGUCCAAUCUCACUUUCCAGUCUGAAUUUUUGUUGCUGGAAUUUUCAGAGGUCUGGGAACUGCAGUUCUUACAAUUCCUUGCAUUCCUAAUACUGUACUUGGCUACCGUGACUGGAAAUCUUCUCAUCAUUGCCGCAAUAGCCCUUGACGAUCACUUGCAUACCCCCAUGUGCUUCUUCCUCAUGAAUUUGGCCACACUGGACAUCGCCUCUGUUUCUGUCAUCAUACCCAAAUCGAUAGCCAAUUCCAUUACGCACAGCAGGUCAAUCUCUUAUUCUGGAUGUGUUGCUCAAGUUUUCCUUUAUUUCUUAUUUGCGUCAACAGAUUUCGCCAUCCUGACUAUUAUGGCACGUGAUCGCUAUGUCGCUAUCUGCAACCCACUGCAAUAUGAGACAAUUAUGCACAAAGGAGCCUGCAUUCAAAUGGCAGGCAGUGCAUGGAUUAUUUGUUUUCUCUACUCUGCAAUGCAUACUGGUUGCACCUUUUCUAUGAAUUUCUGCUCUAAUGUGGUCAAUCAAUUCUUUUGUGAAAUCCCAUCGUUACUGAUUAUUUCCUGUUCAGACUUAUACCUAGUCGAAGUUGGACUUCUUGUGUUUGCUUGUAGUUUGUCAUUGGGAUGUUUCAUUUUCAUCAUUGUAACUUAUGUGCAGAUCUUCACUGCCGUGCUUAGAAUCCCUUCAGUGCAUGGUCAGAAAAAGGCCCUUUCUACUUGCAUUCCCCACCUCACUGUAGUCUUUCUGUUUGAGUCCACUGCAGUCUUAGCAUAUACAAGGUCCCCAACCAAGUCUUCAUCUGUCCAAGACCUGGUCAUUGCUAUUAUAUAUUCCAUGGUUCCACCCAUAAUGAAUCCAGUGAUCUACAGCAUGAGAAACAAGAACAUCCAGGUUGCACUAUGGAAAUUGUUGGGUAGGAGUACUUGA